CACAGAUAUAUAAAAUAUAGAUAUAUAUAAAAUACAGAUAUAUUGUUUUAUGUAUCAGUGGUUUUAAUAUAAAUCGGUGUUCCUUAACAUUCUAUCAGAUGAACAGUUGGGACGUGUUUCAUCCUUAUUUCAUCUGAUUGAUAAUCGAAAUUAUUGAGAAACACAAGUAUAUUAGUCUGUGUUGGACGGCUACAUUCAAUCGCUUCGCGUCACGGUAUGAUAUACGCUUAUGAUUAUUCUUAUCAAUAGCUCACGGCCAUCUUUAUUUGAUAGAAGCGCUCCCAGUGGUUUGGUCUGCAGACUGCAAUUCUGCAUUGUCAUUUGACAAUCGUCUCCAGGUUAAGUCAGUGACCUCAUUGGUUCAUUCUUCUCCCUUCUACACACGAUAUUACUAACCAUAUUAGAUGGCUUGUAAAACAUCUGUUUUAGUGAGCUAUCUGCUGUAUGCAAUGGGUAAUGAUUAAUGUUUUCUUUUAAGUUUUUGUACAUUUAAUUUAUUUUUCAAUCAUCACAUUUGUACACGGACACAGAACGUCGAUUUACGUAUUUGGUCGCAUAGUAUUGUGUACACGAUCGACUAUAUACGUUAAUUUUGUUUAAACUAUUGUUGCUGCUUUGUUAUUAAUUUUAACAACAUAGGUACUGGGCAAAUUUAUAACAAUAGGACGUCGAUACAAUUCGUUUAGUUAUGAGUGGCCUAACUCCUGAAGAGGUAAGAUACAUUAAAUGCAUUUUUGUUAAUUUUGUUGUUUACUUAGGAUAUUUAGGUAUACAAGUUAUCCUUAAUUAGAUACUGUAAAAUGAUAUGAAAAGUGAUGUGUACAUCAAAUCGAAAAAAAUUAUAUUUUGAACAGCUUAACUUGUAUAUAAUACUUGACACUUACCUUUUUGUUUAUAAUUACUAUAUAAUCAACAAUCAUUUUUUAUUUUAUUUUUUAAAAUAUUCUUAUCAUUUACCACUUCUUUCCAUUGUCUAUUCCAAUAUUAUGUUUUACUAUGUAACAUGAUUUGCUCAUCUUAAACAUGUCGUAUGUAAUAUUUUUUUUUCAAUUCUCUUUCAAUUUAUUCAAUUUUCAACUCCCUUUAAAUUGGAUAUUUACCCUAGUAAAUUAAACAAUUUUUCAUUUGGAAUUUUAAUAAUUUGUAUACAAAACCUAUGUUAUAAUAAUAUACUUCUAAUAAUCACAUUACAUAAAAUUAAAUAUUUUUAUUUACUACAGAUAAGGAGACGUCGCUUGGCACGUUUACUUGCCAUCAACACAGCAAGAGUUCCAGGCCCACCACCCCCAAUAGUCUCUGAAGUUAUUUCACCAGAUAUUUCUCCAUGUACUAUCAAGUUUUUCUUAAUAUAUAUCUAAAUUUAAUAAUUACAUAUUUUUUCUUAUAAUGCAGUACCUACUAAAAUCACAUUUGCCACUCAGUCAAACAAAACAAAUCAACCAAAAGAUAUAGCCAUGGAAGUUGAUGAUAGUACUGAAGUAAAAAACAAAAAAGAUAUUGUUACUUCAUUGAAAUUACCAGGACCUUCUAAAAUUGUCCCAGAAGAAGAUUCAGGUUUUGAAAAUAUGGAUGUUGAUGAACCUAAGGAAUGCAGUUGUCCAGAAAGUAUCAGAAGAAAAAGACCAUUAGAACCAGUAAGUUUUAUUUCAAAAAAUUAAUUGUUUUACUUAAUUAUAAUUUAUACAUGUUGUUUUUUUAGAGUAAUCCCCACGACAAUAUUGUCUUUGCUAUGAUUUCAACAAUUUUAGAUGUAUCGUGGCAUGAAAAUAUUAAAGCAACAUAUUAUUUGCCAGAAUUAUCUACUUUGAUGAAAGCAAGACAGAAAUUUGAUUAUUUUGAGUUGCCAACUCAUUUAAUGGUGAAUACUUUGAUUAUAAGAUUACUAAAUUUAUAAACUAUUCAAAUAUGAAGUAUUCGUUGAAAGUAAAAUUAAAUCUUAUUUAAAUUUGUUUUGCCUAAUAAAGUAUUGUUUCACAAUUAUUUUUUUUUACUUUGUUUUAUAGGUUUUUGUUAAAUAUUAAUAUUAAUAAAUGCAAUUGUUAUUUUUUAGGAUUUUAUUUCCAUGAAUAUAAUAGAAGCUAUGUGUGAAAUUACACGAAAGUAUGAUUUAUACUCUGACAGACCAGUUGAGAAAUCAGCUACUACAAUCGCUUUGGGAUAUUUGUUUGAUUGUUAUAAACGUAUUGAUAUACAAGAACGGCAAUAUCCUAAAGUAAUAUUUAUAUAUAUAUAUAACAAUUAUAAUUCUAUAUAAUAAUAUAAUUCUAAACCUUAUUUAUAAUUGCUUCUUUUAUUGUUUACAGAGAAAUUGUACUGUUAUGGUUAGCACAGCAUUACGCUAUUUACGUACCCAGUGUAUAAAUCAUAGUAUUUCAUUGUUAAAUACAGUAUGGAUUAUGGAUUCCAUAGAAUUGAUUCAAACUGUGACACCCGCAUUGUCUCCUCUUACAAAAUUUUUGAUGGAAGAUAAAGUGCCUGGAGGUUUCCUAAGUGAACUAGUAAAUCGUACAGCAUUGAAGCCAGCAUUGUUUGAAUCAGUAAUACAACAUUUUUUUUAGUUAAAUAUAUAAAUAUGUUUUUUUUUUAUUAUUUAAAUAUUUUAUUUCAGAUUUUUACUCCAAUAUUACAACAUUUAUACCGUAUUAUGUUCUCUGCUAGUUUUGUAGGUUCUACUCAUCGCAGACCUAUUGAAAUACUCAAUGAACUUACGUCUUUGACUUUUGCUACAUCUAAAAAUAAUUUACCAGUUUGUUCUUUGAUAGUAAAACAGGCAAGUUGAAUCUUUGAGAUAAUUGUUCUCAUAAACAAAAUUUUCAUUUCAAAUGUAACAUAUGUACAAAUAUAUUAACUGUUAUAUGUGUUUUAUAUAGCUUUAGAAGUUUUAUAGGAAUAUAAUUAAAAUAUACUUUAUAUUUUUAGAGUCAAUUUUUGCCAUCCCAAGUCACAGUCAGUGGUGCUCGUGAACUUACUUAUACAUCAUAUUUGGGUCCAUUUCUUAAAGUUUCCCUGUUUGCAGAAGAUGACUCAAAAAUUAUUGAUAGAUUAAUGAUUUUUAAUACAUUGGCUGAUAAAACUGGGUUAAUUGGAACUCUUAGACAAGAAAUGCAAACUACUCGAGUGAGUAUUAAUACUAGUACUAUGAUAUUAAAGUAUAUUAAUACAAUUCUAAAUGCUCUUAUUUUAUUUGUAGAGUAAUAAUUCUUUACAUAACUAAAAAUUAAAAGUAUAAAUAAUUAUCAUUUAUUAUUACUAAUUAGUUAUACUUUUAAUUUGGUAUUUAUCAGGAUCCCCAAUUUCUAUAUUAUAAAUACGGGACAUUUUAAAUCUCACUUAAAAUUUACAAAAAUUGCAAUAUAUUGCAACAUACUAUGUGGUUGGGGUAGGGAUGAUGGUAAGGACAUAACCCUCAAAACUAGUUUCUAAUUCUAUAGUUAUCCAUUCAAAACCAAAAGUUUAAGAAAAAUAAUGAAAUAAACUGACAUAAUAUAAGAAAUAAGGAAAAUUAAGGGACACAUGAAAUGGGAGAUUUCAAAUACGAGACAAAAGUGGUCUAGAACAUUUGGUUGGAAUACUAGGACACUUAUAAAAUUGUUUGACAAAAAUAAUUUGUUAAUUUGAGAUAAUGUUCCUUAUUUUUAAUUUUCAUGGAAAUUAUAUAAAAUAUCAAAAUUGUGAUUUUUAAAAAAAAUUGUAUUAGUUCCCAUUGCUUUAACAUAAUAUUAUGUUUUAUAAUAUAUACACGUGUUACAUAAAGAAAUACUCAUUACAUUAUUUCAUGAGAUAAUAAAGAUAAUCAAAUCCUUUUUUUUAAUAUAUAUUAGAAUAUUACAAAUAUUUAUAUUUAAAUUAAAGGUACUUAUCGGUUAUCAAGACUACCUAACCAAAUAAUUGUUCGCUAAUAAAUAAACAAUUCAGUUAUUGGGACUACCGCAAUAAUGAGACUAUAAAGAUUUUGAGUGGUGGUUAUUAUUAGUAUCUGUAAUUCCACUUAUAAUGCAUUUUUACUUUACCUUGUUACCUAUACUCAAUGUGGUUUUGCACAAUAAAUCAGGAGUUAUUUCCAAUUAAAUUGUCCAAAUGAAUGCAUAGAGCGAGUGACCACCUUGGGUCUUUAGUUCCACUUAUAAUGCUUUUUCACUUUACCCUGUUACCUACCUAAUGUGGUUUUGCACAACAAAUUUAUUUAUUUUCAUAACAGAACCACAGUUCAAAAACUGUGAUGAUUAUUCCCUAGCAUUUCAAUUAGUGAUUCAAUGUGUACUUCUUAAAAAUAGUUCAAAGUAGUGAAAUAAUUUAUUUUUGUAAAAUAUUAGUUAUUAUUUUCCUAGUAACUUAUACAAAAAAGUAUACACAGUGAUUCACUAAGCUUUGCUUACCUCAUUUUUUUGUUAAAUGUUGCAUAUAUUUAAAUUCUGAUUUUUGGAAUUUUUAAGUGUAUUUAGUUGAUAUUUUCAAAUGCUUAUAUUUUUUACACAUUUAGGGAUUAUCCUGUAGAGGUAUCAACUUUGGUUUUUCAAAUGAGAACCAAUAAUAAAAAUUCCAUUAAUAAAUGGAGUAUUACUUUAAAUUCAUUUUGUUUUUCGUCAACAUUACGAUGUAUUCCACUAUUAAGUUAACCUAAGUGGAGAGUAACAGAGCACUAAUAAAAUGCUGCAUGUCGUGCCUCUACAAAAAUGAUACUUCACUUAUUGUUCCUCUACCUAAACUUAAAAGUGGAAUAUCUCAUAAGUUGGUUGAUGGAAAUUGAAAUUUUAACACUAAAAUUUAUUUAAAGUAAUACUACAUCUAUGGAAUCUAUAUUCAUUAUUCAUGAAAUUGUCUAGUAUUGUUUUCUUUUGAAAAACCAAAGUUGGUACCACCACAGGAUAUUCCCUAAAUGUUGUGAAAAAUCUAAGUAUUUAUCAAUAUUGCCACGCUUAGUGAAUUACUAUGUUUAUAUAUAUAAAUAAAAAUCUAUAUAUAUAAUUUUAAAUUGCAAUGUUAAUAUUUUUCUUUUUGAUAGACUGGAUUGAACAAAAUUAUGUAUAAUUUAAUAUUAAAUUUGGCUUCACGUGAUACAACAUUAACGUAUAUAUCCAAAAUGUUAUUUUAUAACGAAAAACGUUGCAAAAUGCGUGUAGAUGAGCGAUCAAUUUCUGGUGAUGGUUUUAUGUUAAAUCUGUUAACUACCUUACAAGAAUUAUCUGUGAAGGUAAUCAUUACAACGUUUAUUUUACUUAUUAUUUAACUAAUAUAUACGAGUUAAAUCAAUUUUAGAUCAAAUUGGAAAAAGUAGAUCCAAUGUAUAUUUUUUCUGAACAUUCUUGUAUUGAUUUAUCAGCUGAUACAAGACUGAAAUUUUCAUCACAAGAAGUAACUGAUUGGCUCUCAUCCCAAUGUAUGAUUUUAUAGUAAAUUGAUUUUUUUUUUAAAUUUUUGUUCCUUAAUUUUUUUUUUUUAUGUUUAGCAAAACCAUUAGUUGAAUUGAAGUUUUCCACUCGUUGUUGGUUUUUAACACUUUACUGUCAUCAUGUUGCUUUAAUACCGGCUUUUAAUAAACACACAAGAAGAUACAGAACUGUAAGAGAUCUUCAAAAAUUGGUAAUGCGAUUAUUUUUUUAAAACUUCUUAUUAUUAAUGGAUCUAAAUUAAUUUGUUGUUUAUAUAUGUUGUAGAUUGAUGAAAUAGCAAAUUCUGAAUCAGAAUGGAAGACUAAUUCUGUUGUGGCUGCAAGAAAUAAAGAACUAUUAAAAAAAUGGAAAAUACAAUUAAGGGUAAUAUUUUCAUUAUUAUUUACUAUUUAGUAAUUGUUUGAAACAAAAUUUUUAUAAUUUUAUAGAAACUAAUAAAAAGUAAAUCAUGCGGAGAACUGGUGCUUUACGAUCCAAACCUUAUAAAUCGGUGCAUUGUGUUUUAUUCUACGGUGGCUGAGUUUAUGAUAACACUCCUUCAAGGUACUCCAUAUAUACCAAAUGCUAGUAUAAUAUUUCCUGCUGAAGUUCCAGAUAUAUUAGCUGCUAUUCCAGAAUGGUUUGUUGAAGAUAUUGCAGAUUUCCUAUUAUUCAUCCUGCAGUAAGUAUUUAUUUUUAUGUGAAAAACAUUUUUGUUUUCAUCAGGUUUUUGAUAAAUAAUGUUAUAUAAUGGUUUACAUAAAUAAUUUAAAAAGGAACAAUAUUUAUUUUUAAUUUUAGUGUUCAAUAAGUCUUAAUAUAUAAAAUUGAUUUUUAGGUAUGCUCCCAAGGAUAUUGAAUUUAAGUUGUUUGACACACUGUUGACAUGGAUUCUUGUUUGCAUUUGUUAUCCGGCCGUUUUUAAAAAUCCAUACCUCAUAGCAAAGCUUAUUGAGGUUUUGUUUGUAUUGAAUCCAAGUAUUCAGCCAAAGACUGAAAUUUUAAAUAAUAUGAUGAUGAGUCAUCCACUUUCAGUAUCAAAUUUACCUUCUUCUUUAAUGAAUUUUUAUACAGGUACAAUGUACAUUUUAUUGUAAUCAUUAUAAAUUAAGUUGUUUAGUUUUUUUUUAUAUAUAUAUAUUUUAAUUUUAUAGUAAUUGAGUCUACUGGAGCAAGUUCUGAAUUUUAUGAUAAAUUCACUAUACGUUACCAUAUAAGUUUAAUUAUUAAAAGUAUGUGGGAAUGUCCUACACAUAGAUGUGCGGUUAUAGCAGAAUCAAAGUACAUUAUUCAUUAAAACAUUUUUCAACAAUUUUUCUGGAUACAAUUUUUAUUUGUUUUUUUUUCAUGUAGAACUGGAAUACAGUUUGUCAAAUUUGUUAAUAUGUUAAUUAAUGACACAACAUUUUUGUUGGACGAGAGCUUAGAGUCAUUGAAACGUAUCCAUGAAGUGCAAGAACAAAUGGCCGAUACUGCUACUUGGAAUAAAUUAUCUGAUGAAAUUCAACUUUCCCGAACAAGGCAGCUCACUGCUGACGAAAGACAAUGCCGGUAAGUAAAAAUAAUAAAUUCACUAAUGAAUUGAUGAAUAUUAAGAGUAUGAAAAUAAAAUGUAUUUAACACUCCAGAGAUGGGCUGUGCGCCAUAUCGCUUCCGCGACAGUCGGCCGUAGCCACAUUGAGGUUUCAAUGAUAGUGUUAAAACACCAUAGAAUUAAGUAACUGUUGGAAAAAUAGACUACAUAACAUUAUUUUAAUAUUUUAUUUAUAUAUGUACGCAAUGGUUUAUCAUUGUAUACGAAAAUUAGUAAUUUUUUCUUAAAACUCUUAUAAAAAAAAUACUGUAUCAAGUCAAAUUUUUUUUAGCACUUAUACAACACCUUAUAAAAAACAUUUUGUUAAAUUGUCCAAUUAUUUUUGUUAAGUCAAACAAUUUUAUCAACAUAAUACUUACUAAAUAAAAACUAAAAUAAACUUAUAUUUUAAAUAAAUUAUAAAAUAUAUGUUUAGAGGUAGGGCUCUUUAAACACUAUUAUUAUAUUGGUAACAAAUCUUGUUUUUAUUUUACUUUUUUGUGACCCGGUUCACGAAUAUCACUUAUCAUUAAUUUUUUUCCAUAUUUUGGUAAUGUUAAUUCGGUAAGUAAACAUUCGGUAAAAAUCUAAAAAAACGACUGACACACUUCACAUGUGGAUGUAGCCACUAUUGCAGGUGGAAUGUUGAAAAGGUAGGAUUUGGAUAUACAAUUGGAUAACAAUAAACCAUUGCUUAUGGAAAAAUGAUUCCGAGUGGAGUUCAGUUGAAAGUGAUGCUUUGUAAACAAUAUAUAUAUAUAUCAUAGUAUGGUAAACUUAUUGAAUUGGCAUUAUAUAUUGUCUUAAAUUAUAUUUGUUUAAUAUUAAUCUGAUUUUCCUUUUUUCUUCAGGUUUUCCCAUGUUUUUCCAAAUUUUUCACAUUUGUUGGGAAAACUCUUGAGAAAAUCGAAAAAUGACCUCCUUAAUGUACCACCCCUAGACAAUUUCUUUCAGAAAAGCGUCUACAUCAUAUAAAUCGGAAUAAGAUUUCUGGUAGAAAGUGUUCAUAUAUAAAAAAAAAAUAAAAACCUAUUUGUAAAAACAAUACAUUCUCCGUUACACUUAGAAUCUUAUAUGUAUUAAUUUGCUAUUUAUUAUAUUAUCUUUAGAAAUUUAUGCUUACUGAGUAUGGUAGUAAACUACCGAGUAUAUUAGUUUGCAGGGUAUUUGAUGUUAACUGAAAUCUAAUAUAUUCCAUAUUAUAAUGAAUAGUAGAUAAAUAAAAUAAAAAUAUUAAUUAAAAGUUAUACUAUCAUCAAGAGUCAAAUUUAACAUUUAAAAUAGAGCAUUAAAUCUAAUGAUGUAUGUUUUUUGUUUUACAUCCUUAUCGUAGUGAGGGAUCUAUUGGUUUUACUCUAUAAUGUGUGUUUUUUUUUUCUGUCUACAACUUUUCUACCAGAAAUCUUGAUAUGAAAUAAAGUAGACUGGUUGCAUCUUUUAUGAAAUUUUCUCUAGUUAAGUGCAUUGAGGUCAUUUUUCGAUUUUCCAAUGAGUUUUUUAAAAUAAUCUGGAAAAACCCAAAAGAAAAGUAUAGGUAAAAUGAUAAAUAUUUACUGCACAUUGUGGUAUCAUUUUCAUUGUUUUUAUUAUGUUAACACAAUUUCAUUAUUUUAAAUUUUUUCCGCUUAUGUUUUCUAUCAUGAAUAUUUUUCCAAUUAAUAAAAACAUGCAAUUUUUUUUGUUGAAUUUGGAAUUUAGUUGGAGAACAAGAAGUCGUUUGUUGAUUUUCUCUUAGUAAUCUUUUAGAUAAUUGAUCAAAACCAAAAAAAAAAAUUCAGAAAGUAUGGGAAAAUGUAUAAUAAUAAAUGUUUUAUUAUUUUCAAUUUUGUAUUUUUAAUGUAAUUCAGUCUAAAAUAUUCAUAAAGAUUUAAAAUUUUGACAAAAACUUAUAUUAUUAUUAAUAAUUAGGGCAUGGAUUUUUAUAUAAAUGCAUAAUUUUAUUGAAUGCAAAUUUCUUAGUUCUGAUUAAAAAUAAGCUCUUUUCAUAAUACCCUAAAUGAAAAAUGAAAAAUAAUUUCAAACAAAAUUGAAUAAAAUAUGUUCGAAAUGUGCGUCGAAAGUGUUGGCCUAUGACUCUAUGUAGAAGUAAGUGGAAUGAUGAAAUAGAUAGUAAUAAUAUGAUGAGUAUUACAAUAUUACUAGUCUGUCGGAUUAUACAAGUUAUAAAUAGUAACUUGCACAUUCUCGAGCGUAAUAAACUAAUAAUCGAACACAGCAGACGAUGACGUGGAAAUUCACGAUGUUGCUUGGAGCAGCACCUGAUGGAACAAACUUUUCUGUCAAUUGCAUUAUUAUAUUUUGGAAUUUUUUUAAUUUUUUUAAUUUGAAAACGUCAUGGAGUGAUGAAACAAAAAGCAAAUUCUUAAGGAUAAAAUUAUCUAGCAUUCUACGAUGCCAUUUUUUAAUACCUGCUUUAAUAGAUGUUUUAUAGAUUGAUAAAAUAUUAGGUUUUUUCAUUUUUUAAUUAUAAUUAUAAUUAAUAAAAACAUUAAGAUAUCAAUAGUUGGCACCGUAGGUCACUUGAAAAUGUUAUUGUUAAUCAAUGGUUUUUAUUUUGCUUAGAGAUUUGUGAGUUGAGAAAUCAAAGAAAUGCCAAUCUAUGUUUUUCAUCAUAAAAUAAUUGUGCUGGUAUCCUCUUAACACUAAAAUGUUUGUGUUUCAGUUCAUAUUUGACUUUGGCUCAAGAGACAGUAGAUAUGUUUCACUACCUUACAAAGGAUAUUAAGGAACCAUUCAUGCGACCUGAAUUAGUAAAUCGACUUACAGCAAUGUUAAAUUUCAAUUUACAACAACUGUGUGGUCCUAAAUGUAAAAAUUUAAAAGUAAAAACGCCAGAAAAUUAUGGGUGGGAUCCUAGACGUUUAUUGAAGCAGAUAAUUGAUAUUUAUUUACAUUUGGAUUGUGACCAAUUUGCUGCUGCAAUAGCAGCUGAUGAAGUAAUUUAAUAAUAUAAUUGUACAUUUUUAUUUAAAUAGUUGAAAUUAUUUAAUUAAUAAUAAAAUAUUUUAAGCGGUCUUUUCGAAUGGAAUUAUUUGAAGAUGCAGCAAACCGAAUGUGUCGAGUUUUAAAUGCUAGUAAAAUGGAAGUGAUGCAAUUCCAAAAUUUGGCUACCAAAGCAAAUGAAAUCUCUAUUCAGAAUAUUAAAAAAGAAGUUGAUUUUAAUGAUGCUCCUGAAGAAUUUAGAGGUAUUAUUAUAGUUUGCUUUUUAGUUACAGUGUACUAAUAAGUAUUGAUAAAUUUCAGAUCCAUUGAUGGAUACUUUGAUGGAUGAUCCAGUUAUAUUACCAAGUAGUGGAAAAGUAAUGGAUCGUCCAGUAAUUAUCCGUCAUUUAUUAAAUUCACAAACUGAUCCAUUCAACAGACAGCCAUUGAGUGAAGAUAAUUUAACACCAGGUAAAUUUGUUUUGAACUAAUAUUAAAAUUAAUAAUUGUUAUUUAAUUAUUUGUGUUUAUGUAUUUCAGUUUUAUUGACAAAAUGUGUAAAAUGUACUUAAAAACAUAGUACUGUGUACAAGUAUAUUAUAAAAUUGAAAAAGUCUAAAAAUCAUAAUAAUAAAUAAAAAACAAAUUGACCCUCUGAAUUUCUGUUUUAGGCUUUAUGUUUUAUUGACAGCUUAGAAAGAUCGUUAUUUUUUUUUUUUAAAUAAUUAAUGUAAUCUACAUUGAUAAAAUAUACAGUUUAUAAGUGUCAAUUACAUUUAAAUUUAUAUUAGCUGCAAGCUUCAUUUCACAUUUAUUUUGACAUUAAAAUUAAAAAUUUUUUCAGUAUUAAUUAUUUAAAAACCAAAUUUUUAAAAUUUGUAUUAUAAUAUAUUUUUUUUUUAUCUAAAAAAGCUUUUGAUUGGAAUAUUUGCUCCAGUCAUUAACUCUAGUGAUCUGAUCUUUGGUAGGAAAUAUUGUCUAGUUGGUGCAUUGGGGAAGUUAUUUUUUUAUAUUCUUUGUUUUUUUUAUUAUUAAUGGGAGAAAUAUUUUUGUUAUAAUUCAGUGAGAAAUAAUUUGAUACCAAGUGAUCCAUUUAAGUGGGUACACUCAUUAUCUUGGAAAGUAUUAACUUUUCCAGAAUUUGUUCUAGAACAUGUUCUACAAACAAACUGCUCUACAAUUGUAUAGCCAUAUUAUUUUUGUCACCUUUAUUUUUGGGGGCAAAACUACUACCUGUAUAUGAUUUUCAAAUGGUAACCUAAAUUAAAAAGUUUAUAAAUAGAUGGAGUAUUUUUUAAAAUAAAUUUUAGUGUUGACAUUUUUGAUUAAGUUUGGAUUGGAGGAGAUUAGUGGAGUAUUAUUUGCGUGGCAGUAUAGCGUGCAGCAUGUUAAUAAUGCACCACUGCUUUCUUCCAAUUUAAAAUUAAAAGUGGAAUAUCUCGUAAACGCCUUUAAAGAAAUCAAAAAUGUCAACACUAAAAUUUAUUUUAAAAAAUACUCCUUCUAUUUAUGGACUUUUUAAUAAAAGUUGCCAUUUGAAAAUCAAAAGUAGGUAGUGGUUUUACCCCCGAAAAUAUGGGUGACAAAAAUUAACAUCAAUAUAAAUUGUAAAGCUGCUUGUUUCAUGAAUUUUUAGAAAAUAAAUUCCGAAAAAAAUUAAUACUUUCAGAGAUAAUCAUUGUACCUACUUAAAUGAAUCACCUGGCAUAAUAAUGCUAUAUUUUAUAUUUGAUUAAUGUUUUAAGAAAUAAUAAAAUUCUUUUUUAAAAAUUCAAAUUAUUCAUAUAAUAAUUAAAGGAAUUUUUUUGUUUUAUAAAUAAAAAAUAUAAAAAGAUCCUUUAUACAACUAAAAUAAGGAAAGAAACCAAUAUAAAUAUUAUAUAAAAAAAAACAAAAUUGUUAAUAGGGUGAUUCACUCACUAAGUAUGUUCUCCCCAUUUUUUGGUUAAAUUUUGCAUGUAUUCAAAUUCUGAAUUUCAGAGCACCAAUAAAAUGCCACACAAAUGAUACUUCACUACUUUCUUCCUGCAUAAAUUAAAAAGUUUAAUAUCUCGUUUAUGGGUUGACAAAAAUCAAAAAUGUUGACACUAAAAUUUAUUUAAAGUAAUAUUCCGUGUAUUUAUGGAAUUUUUAAUAUGUGUUUUCAUUUGAAAAAACAAUGUUGGUAUCAUAACUGGAUACUCCAUAAUGUUGUGAAGUAUCUAAUUAUUGGAAAAUAUCAGCUUUAAUUAAACUUAAAAAUUUCAAAAAUCAGAAUUUGAACAUUUGCAAAAUUUAACCAAAAAAUGGGAUGAGCAUGCUUAGGGGACAUGCUUCAAUUUUGGAUAAAUUGAGCGUAUGGAUAAAUUAAAGUCUUACGCAUUGAUUGUAAAACUGCAUGUAUUUUAAAUGGGAAAAUUCAACUUCUGUGGAUUGCCAUUUAGCGUCAAAAUAAAAAAAUUACAGGAUUUUUAAAAAUUAUUUUAAACUCAAAUAAAUAAUGCCAAAUUAUAUAAAAAUAUAUACAAUUUCAUAUUUGUAUGAUUUUUUUUCACAUUUUAAUUGUAUUGUAGAUUUUUAAUUUUUAAUUUAUUUAAGUUACCUUCAUUAUUAUAUAUUUUUUUUUAUACUUUUUAGCUUUUAAUUAAUAUUUUUAUAUAAUUUCUGAAUAUGAAGAAAUAGUUGUAGAGACUUGAAAGUUCACUUACAUAUAUAUAUAUGUUAAACAUGUUAUAAUUUAGAAAAUAUCAUGGCUCUUUUUUGAAUUAAUGAAAUUGUUCAACAUAUGUGUUGCGUAAUAUAUUCAAUGUGAUUUGUGUUAUUACUGUUAGGAUAUAAUAAGGAUUUUCUUUUACUUUGCUUUUAUUGUCAAUUUUACAUUAUUGUGGUUUUUAAUUACAGCAAUUGAACUGAAAGAGAAAAUUCAAAAAUGGAAAAUCAACAAAUUAAAAGAACUGUCUCAAAAGCCAUAAACAAUUAUGGAAAAAUAAAUCUACUUUACUAAUAUAAAUAAUAAAUCUAAAUUAAUUUAAUUUUUAAUAUUUACCUCCAUUUAAGUUUAAUAAUUGUUUAUUAUUAUUAAUGUGAUAAAAAAAAUGUGUUCUCAGCACUUAUAAAAGACUAAGACAAAAUUGAUGUAGUGUAUUUGAAUCCAUAAUACAUAUUAUUAUAUAUAAGUAGUAAAUAAAUACAUAUAGAUAUAACAUAUAUUAAUUCAUUGAAUGAUAAUUUGGUGAAUCUAAGAUCCGUUAAAAAAAAGGGUUGAUAAUUAAAAUCAAGCCCAAGUUAAAUAAAAUUACCUGUAAGUUUAUUACAAUUUAUAAAAAAAUUGUGUCAACAAUUUGUUUUUCUUUUUGUGUAAUAUUCAAUAAUAUAUAUAUACAUCAUACAAAAAUGUUUAGUUAAAGAAGUAAACUUUAGUGUUUAAAAAUAUUUUAUUGUAAAUAAUUUAAGAAUAUAAACUAUAUGAUAAUGUUUUUUUAUUAAUUAUUAUUAUAUAAUUAUUAUUAGUAUAUCAUUGUUUUUACAUAUAGGUACACUAAGGAAACUAUUCUACUACAAAAAAAUUGUAUUUGACUUAUAGACGACUAGUUCUUAGACUAAACCUGUUAUUGUAUUGUACCUAAAAUUGAAUUUAAUAAUUAUGUUAAUACGAUACAGUUGAAGAAUAAUACAAGAACAGUUUUUUUUUCAGUUUAGCAGUCUUAAAUUCAACAUAUUAAAAUUACAUUAUUAUUAUUAUUGUAUGUAUAUUAUUACAAUAAUACUUUAUACAUGUUGUGAUAUGUUAUUUUCAGUAAAAUUGAAUGUACAGUUUAAUUAAAUUCUUGAUUUUUAUGUAUUUGUCUUUUCUACAUUGUACAUAACUGAUUAUAUACAAUGUUUACAUUGCUGAGAAAUUGAAAAAUGUUCACAAUAUUCCUCUCACAUGGUCACUUAUUUAGCAUCAGGCCACAUUGCUCUCUUGUGCUGCAUUUGUGUAUCUCGAUGAAGAUGUUUCUGAAGUCUCAGCAACUGGUGGUAUAUUGGAUUUGACCUAG